AUGGGUUGGCUCUGGGCUUCGCCAUCUCCCCCCAAGUCUCCCGCUCCGGGACAAGCUUCCCAAGCUCCGGCAUCGACCCCGCCAUCAUCGACCAAGCCGACUGAUCCUGAGAUGGAUCCCGAGAUUGCAAAGUUCAUCGCUCUCUUCCAGAACGAGUCGGGCAACAAGCCCGAAGAGCCGGCCCCGGCUCCGGCGCAACCAUCCACAACACCCUCCAAGACAUCGACAUCCUCAUCAUGGCUCUCCCUCAAAUCCUCCCCCAACAUGCCGUCCCAGACCAGCAACCGCACGGUUACGCCGCCCUCUGACAACCCAGUCGCCGAAGCUACCCUGCCGACCGAGAUGUCCUGCCGCCAGGCGUUCGACAUGGCCUUCCACUGCCAGUCCGUCGGCGGGCAGUGGAACCACAUCUACCGAUACGGCUCGAUGCGCUCGUGCAGCGAACACUGGGAGGACUUUUGGUUCUGCAUGAGGAUCAAGGGAUACUCGGGCAAGAUGAAGGAGGAUGUGAUCAGAGACCACUACCGCCAGAAGGAGCAUGAGAAGUACGGGGACGGGAAGCCCAGCAGCGAGGACGUCUGGCAGGCGAGGACCACCAAGAUACCACCCGGCACGGCGUUUACGGAGAAGUUUGACGAGCCCGCAGUUGAUGACGAGGAAUGGCAGCGGAUGGAGAUGGAUAGGCGACGGCAAAUCAGAGAGGGACUCGGCAUUAGUUCGGCGACGGCGUAA